UUUAAAAAUAAAAUUUCUUAAUGAAAACAAACCAUAAGCCUUCCAAAACCGCUCUAAAACGUCACUGUCCCCCUUCUGAUACAUACUCAACGCAUACCUCCACUGCCACUUCCCACCACCCAUCCACCCACUCUUCUUACCCAAACACAUCAUACUACCAACUGUCGCAAUACAAGAAGAAACAGAGGAGAGAAACCAAGCCAAAACUUAAGCCUAGGAAAGACAAGAGGGGUCACAAAAGCCAUGCCAAGAGAAAAGGCAGAGAUUCUAGGAAGGAAUCUACCAACAGAGAGGCCUGUAGUAGGGAAUAUGAGUUCGACCAUAAGACUUGUGCAUGGGACAAGUUCAUGAAUGGGAUGGAGAAGAGGGAGUGAAAAGAAACCUUUUGUUAUAAAUAGACCCUCAGAGGUUAGGAAGAAGCAAGAAAAAGAACAGAUUAAUAUAUUUGCUGAUAUUACCAAUACAGUUUCUAAGUCUAAUAAUAAGAAAAGUCAUAAGAGUCAUAAGAGAAAUCAUACUACUUCAGGUUGGUGAAAGAGGAAGACAAAGGAAGAUAUUAAUGACCAUUCUAGUUCUAAGGCUGCUAAAAAGAAAAAGCUAGCCUCUAAGCCUUCUUCCAAGCAGCAUCACCCAUAUGAGUCAACAGGAAGAGAAGGUUUUGUACCCUUGGACUCUUUGAUUAUUCCUUUAAACCAGUCGUAUCAGAAUUUUGAUUCCAAAAGACGUAGGAAACAUUCUGACUCUUCGUAUAUGAGAAGAUCUCUUCAAGAUGCAUCCCAAAGGUCUAGUAAAAGAUCAAAACCUAUCAAUAAAAAGCCAAUUCCUAAACAAGAUGAGGAUGGUUUCUUUGAUCCUUACCCCCGCUCAGAUAAUCCUAAAUACUCUUUUCUAGGGAUUUCUUCUGUAGGGUACAUGAAAGACUCUGCUUUUCACAAAAGGGGAGGGUCGGAACAAGUCCCUAGCAAUACUUUUGUCUCAAACAUUGCUUAUUUGCCCGGAUCUGUUGAAAGUGCUGACCUAGUGCACCGGUCAAGUAUAAAACUAUCUGCAGCAAUCAAUAACUCUAACUCAAUAGGAGGUAUUCUUCAGCCUCAAAAUAGCUCUUCGGAACAAAAAAAUAUGGUUCCGAGCAAGAAACAGUUUGAGAAAGGCAAGAAUACUGGAGGCACUGAAGAAGUUAAUGAAAGGAAUGGCAAGAGACUCCAUAGUUGUCAGGCAAGAAGGAAGUGGGGCCCGCAGGCAACCAAGAGUAAUAUGGAUAGGAUAGGAAGAGUACAAGAAAAAGAUGACUCUUUCCUAAAUCACAAGAGACAAAAGAGGGCAAACUACAAAAGCACAGAAAGGAUAUUCGGCUCACAAUUAAUUCUUCAAUAA